AGUAAUAUAUUUUAUUCAGGAGAAACAACCCUUCUUCACACUUCCACAAGCCUCACCGUAAUUUUGAUUUUUAAAUUUCUCUUCUCGUAGUACUAGUAGACACUAACAAUUUAUUUCCAGCAACGCCACACUACCUACUUCUCCGUUUCCUACACCCUACCUCCACGGUUGGACUUUUACUUUUUUUCUGUAUACGAAUCGAAAGUCCAACAUCGCGAAAUCUAUUGCGAAAUGCCCCUCGCCUGAGAAAAUGUCGACGUUUCUCGGCACUGCGAAAUCGCUGAUCUUCGAACUGUAUGGAUUGGAAAUAUGUCUGGGUCUGGACACUUGUAAUGCUAAAAGUGAAUGGUAGACGCACUGCAAUGCGCAGCUAUGCAUGACAUAUUUUUUGGCUCCCAUGUCUUACGUAUUUCGCAUGGCAAACUGCGUUUUUGCAUGACAGGUAAGAGGGCCUUUUCGUGCCGUGCAACACAGACUCUCGAGUCAUGCCAGACAAGCAUGACAAACUUGCAUUCUUCCAGACCCAGACAUUUUUGCAUUUGAUAACCUCUAUUUGCUUUCCGUUGUUUUCGGGGGCGGAUAUUUGGCAGCAGCAGUGUGUCCAGCCUGUUCGCAAGGCUCUGUGGCGAUGCCAACUCCGGGUACAUUUUUUUUGCUGUCAUGAGGCCAGGAACCAGAUGAACAGCAUUUGGGUAGUUGUAAAGACGGGAAAUUGAAUUCAGGACACCAAUUGUACUGAAGCACGGCAAAGCUGAGAAUUGCAGUGCCUCAUUGGGCAUCUCCAUUUUUUUGUAUGAUCUCCGUCCGAGAGUGCAAGUUCCACAAUCAUGCAAAUCCUGCUUAAUAUCAGGUGCCGUCGCUACGGGUGCGGUGACUGCGGCAAGCACAGAGGACCUCACCAGCCCUCCCGGCCUCGAAGGGACGGUGGAGCAAUGGCAGGCCUACGUGCACGCCCUGGACUCCAACGUGGUCUUGAAGGUGGACCGCGAAUUCAAAACUGACGCGUUCGAGCAAGCCCGGGACGGUAGCACCGCGAGGCUUCCAGCGGUGCUGAAGCUACAGCAAACAGUACAGGAGGAUCCACUUGCCUGCUUCGAACAACGAAUACAAGUCGCCACACUAAUGCUGCAAGAAAACAAGCUGUCCGUAUGUCGGGAAAAAACUUACCCAAAGCUUACCUGCAGUACGCAUGAUUCACCGAGCGGGUGAUGGCAUGUGUGAAGGGACGAAUCCCGUUCUGAUUGGCAUGACCAAAUCUACAGUGUUGUAAGCAUGUUGUGCGGCCACGGUCUAGAACCUUAUUCUUGCACCACAGGACGAAUGUCACCUUUCUGCAACGCAAGUAUUUUCUGUUCGUGAAAAACUCCGCUUUCCAGUGAAGUCUUCCGACCCCGCUGUGGGUAGGAUUUUUCCUUCUCAUACCUGAAGCUUCAUAUCAACCUUGGCGACGACCUGCGUUUGCCCGAUUCUUAUCCUGGUGAAAAAGCAUCAUGUCACAGUUUUGCAUCACAGUUUGGUGCCGGUAAUAUGCGUAUCUCGUACUGCAAUCAACCAUCAUGAGACAUGGCCAAGAAGUACUCUGUAUACACAGAUCUGAAGCAAGAUGCUUUUUCUCAGGAUAUGACUGAAUCGGACGGUACACACGCCUCCCUCGCAAAGACACUCGGAAAUUUCGCACAAGCCUUGACAGCGGCGGACUCAUUACUGGAAGUCAGACUGCAAGAAGUUGUAAUGCCCACCAGCCUGUGGAAACUGUUUUUCCAAUCCUGGAAGCUCCACGAAAACUCCAACCUGAUGCGGUUCGAACUCGAAGACUGUGGCCUGGACGGGUGGUCGCCCACGGUGAUUACGACACUCUUCGGGAACACUUUGGCUGGAGGCGCCAAAGUAUCCACGGGAUGCGAUUGCUGGGCUCGAUACUGAAAUUUGUAUAUUGCACUUACACCCCUGCAGCUGUACUUGCAUGGAAUUCGAAGCAGCAUCGCGAGCCGUUGGAAAAAUUAUUUCUGAUUACUGGUAAUUGAAUCUUGAAGAUGACAGCGAUCCAGGAGCGUGAGAGGACCACAAAAAAAGUUUCGCCGCUUGGUCAGCACUACUGCAGCCGUAGUGCUGACGGCCGAUAGAAUUCAAAGCUGCGUGUAUAGAGGCUGUUUUUAUCUUUGCAGGACUGCUCUAGCGCCGCAUUUUUUCCCUCGCAUAAUUGUUGGAAGUGGUGAAUAUCCACCAGGAUCUCGAGCAAGAUUGGAUCGAAGAUGAGAAGGAGGAGGGCGGUCUUGCGGCUGCCACAACCGCGAUGAUCCGUUUCCUCACGUCAGACCAGCGCGCACACUUGCGGAUCUUUCGAACGAGUAAAUGCAGCUUGUGUUGCCUAGAAAAGUCAUAGCAAAGAGCAUGAUGUUGGCAGAUUUCUGUAUUGGGUACAAUGAUCUUCGCAGUCGCAUGAGAAAAAGCUGGCUACGUGUGGGCGCUUUUAAACAUGAAAAACACACGAAAACAACUACAGGUAAGGUUGAGUGGUUUUCGCCUGUCGAAUUUGCCCGUCUGCUGGUGGGGAUCAGUAAUAUAGAGGCAGAGCUGUCGUCGACCUUGAAAUACUUGAAUUUGAACAAGGCCGUGCGGAAUAGUGGUAGCUUUCCAAAAGGCGAAAUAUCCGACGCGCUCAGGAUGGCUUGUGAAACGUUUGGACGUUCGACUAGGCUGCCAAAGCUGGAGUCUCUGCAUUUGACGGAAAACGAACUUCCAGAAACGACUACCAUGGCUCUGCUCGAUGCGAUUGCCUCCUUAUCAAGAACAAAAAACAGCCCGCAACUGUGGAGACUGUGGCGAUUUUGGCCACUUACUUGCAUGCCAGAUUCCUUAUCGAGCAAACUGCCAGUCUUUUUUCACUCCUCUAGUUUUUGCAAGUGCGCAACUUUCUUUGUACGGUAAGAAUGAGCUUGAUUAUUUAGUGCCACACUCUUUGUCUUCGACGAAGGACCCAAAACGAGAUCGCUUCGCUUGGCCCAGUCCACAGCUUUUUUUUCCUUUGCAUACGGUGACAAGGGGAAACGAUUCAGCCUGAAGAAUCUCUCGCUGUACGGGAACGAGGCCGCUAGCGACGAGACCUUGGAAGCGUAUUUGCGGGAAAUCUCAACCCUACGCCAUGUUUGCCCGUUUGAUGAGUUUAUGGAUUGCACUAAUGUCUGAGUCGAGAAAAGAUGCGAAACUUGUACUGUGCCCGUUGCCUAGUACAGCAAAAUAACUAGUGAUUUGCAUGACUUCUUGCAGUGUUUCUUUGUCUCGAAGCAUCCACUAUCGUCGGCGCGUAGUUCAUCUUGACACUCGCCCGGAAGCAAAAAGCCACAAUCGCGUUAGUUAUGUAUGAUUCCGAUGCCGGAAACUGUGUACUCUGACCAGAAGACAGCUGCGCUUUUCGUGACCUAGACAUGAUUGCACUCGAUACAUCUUGAAACACGCUCGCGUGGCCGACAGCCUAUGGAUCCCAGAGACCCUGAUUCGAAGAUCACGUACGUCCUACCGCAUGUUAUGGAAGACGAAGAUCCAAUUGACCCGGCGUCGGACGAUGACGAAUAAUACAGUGGCGGAUCGAAAAUUUUGGAUUUUGGGGACGCAAACCGAGAUGGCCGAAAUAUUUUGGCAGCUGUACCACCGCCGAAAAGAUGCUAUAAUAAAAGCUUCAUAACUUUGUCACAUUGUUGUCGCGAGUCACGUUUUAGAAUAGAUACAAUCGCCCCAACUGAGCUGCUGUCCUUUACCGGCGUAGAACUCUUGUAGAAUUUUUGCUAUCGAAGCAGAACAACGUUGCGCGACGUGCUCGUCUGUUACAUGCGUCGUCAGGUGACCUCGCUAAACAGGCGAUUUGUGAAAAGAAAGUGACUGAUGUAGUGUGGUGGAGCACACGAUCUCUAAAUCAUUGGCGUUGCUUUCCGCGCCACUUUGUUUCGGAU